UCUGGCAAUUUGUAAGAGACGUCAUCUGUAGUAUAUUAGAGUACUCAAGCAAAUUCAUUUGAUUGACUGACCUUCCACACUUGCUCAUUUCUAAGGAUUGCAAACAUUACAGAUUUGCAAAGAGAAAAAGCUAAAACAUUUUAUUAUGGCAAGUGCAGCUUCCCGAAUCGGACUUAUUAUAUUGUCUUUGUUGCAAAUGGUUCUUUUAGUAAUAGCCCUUGGUUUUGUGGGAUUUUUCGUAAGAGAAAUGAACAAAACGUCUGAGAGAGAAGCUCGAAGAGCAACGAUUGCUUUACAGUCAACAGUUGCCCCAGUUGCUAAUGAUAUGGGAAUCUUUGGACGCGAGGAAUCCUUUCUUUUCUCAUCCGCCAUCGGAAUUAUCAUUGCCUUUAUCUCUAUGAUUAUUGCGAUUUCACAGUCUCAUAGCAAAGCGCCUUGUGCUGCAUCUAUGGUAACUGCACACAUAUUGCUGCUGCUUCUACUCGUGGUAUCGUCGUCAAUUCUCGCCAAUACAGCAGAAAAAUACGACUCAUUACAUUUAUGUAAAUCUCUUAAAGAAAAUAAAAGUGACACACGAUGCACUCAUUUGACAGCUGGAGUUGCUCUGGCAUUUAUUUCUGUUGUGCUAUUUAUUGGUAGCACCGUCAUUUAUUGUGCAUCGUUAUUAAACAUGGUUCAUAUCAGCUUCAUCAACAUGGAAAGCGUACUAACUCCAGCAGAAGACUAAUGUAGAAGAUCAGUUAAAUAUGGCUACAAUGAAGGAUGAGUUAUGCUAUCAUUGGUUUUGUUUUAUUAAUGUAGGUUAUUCAGAAAAAAAUGUGUUUUCUUCUCAAUAAAUAUGUGGAAUUAAAUGUUGCACGCCAAAUUCCGCUUUACAUCAAAUA